GAGGGCAUCGGAGAGGGCCGGAGGAGAUGGACCAGGAGUACGAGAGACGGCUGCUGAGGCAAAUCAAUCACCAGAACCUGCCGACCGAGGCCCGUCUGUCAAAGUGUGUGAGUGCAACCUGCAGUCCUGUCAGUGUGAAGUCAGGGGACCGCUUCAUUCCCACCCGCGCUGGAAGCAACUGGAGCAUCAACUUCCACUACGCCAAUGAGAACUGUCGUUCCCCAAACCAGAACCAUAAAGCUAAAGAUGCCAGCUCGGACUCAAGCAAAGAUGCUGUAGCCUAUGCAGCUUUGUUGAGGAAUGAGUUACUUGGGGCUGGGAUAGAGAGCGUGCCUGACCCUCACACGGACGACCGACGCCAUGCAGUCCUCUCUCAAGACUCUCAAAGCCUUUUUAGGUACACUGUCCACACUAAGAGAGUGCCUUUCAAUAGCGAUAAUGAAGUUUCACCAUACUCCCUUUCCCCUCUUAGUAACAAAAGUCACAAGCUGCUCCGCUCCCCUCGAAAACCUGCCCGCAAGAUCUCAAAGAUCCCCUUCAAAGUGCUGGAUGCUCCAGAGCUGCAGGAUGAUUUCUACCUCAACCUGGUAGACUGGUCAGCAGGAAACCUGCUCAGUGUCGGACUGGGAGCCUGUGUCUACCUGUGGAGUGCCUGCACCAGCCAGGUGACAAGGUUGUGUGACCUGUCAGUGGAUGGAGACUCUGUUACAUCAGUUUGUUGGAAUGAGAGGGGGAGUCUGGUUGCUGUUGGUACACACAAAGGUUACGUUCAGAUCUGGGACGCAGCAGGAGGGAGGAAGCUGACCAGUCUGGAGGGUCACUCUGCACGUGUAGGUGCUCUGGCGUGGAAUGGAGAGCAGCUGUCGUCGGGGAGUCGGGAUAGAGUGAUCCUGCAGAGGGACGUCAGAACCCCCCCUUCUGCAGAGAGGAGGCUGCAAGGUCACAGACAGGAAGUGUGCGGCCUCAAAUGGUCUCCUGACCACCAGCACCUAGCGUCUGGAGGGAACGACAACAAAUUACUGGUGUGGAACAGCUCAAGCCUCCUCCCCGUGCAGCAGUACAGUGACCACCUGGCGGCGGUGAAGGCAAUCGCAUGGUCCCCCCACCAACACGGGUUGCUGGCAUCGGGGGGCGGCACUGCAGACCGCUGCCUUCGUUUCUGGAACACGCUGACGGGUCAGGCCCUGCAGAGCACAGACACCGGCUCCCAGGUCUGCAACCUGGCCUGGUCCAAACAUGCCAACGAACUGGUGAGCACUCACGGCUACUCUCAGAAUCAGAUCCUUGUGUGGAAGUAUCCGUCUCUCACGCAGGUGGCCAAGCUGACAGGACAUUCUUACAGAGUGCUCUAUCUGGCGGUGUCACCGGAUGGGGAGGCCAUCGUUACAGGAGCUGGUGAUGAGACACUACGUUUCUGGAAUGUCUUCAGUAAGACACGCUGCACCAAGGAAUCAAAGUCGGUGCUGAACCUCUUCACCAGAAUACGGUAGUGUGCGCCUCAGGUCGGGACUGGUUUGAUGAGCAGCCUUCUGAACUGCUUUUUGCACAAAAUCCCUGAUGAUUCUCAAAGACUAGGCCUCUCUCAUCUCAGCACCGGCUCUCAGUGCACCAGACACUACCAGUAGAAUCAUCCUCAAAUCUUUUUUUCCUACAGAAGACACUGUCAAGACCUCUAAGAAAAACUGCCCGCCCUCAAAGUGAUGUCUCUGACAAACACUGAAACAUGUUGUCUGCUUCAAAGAGUCUGUCUUGUUUUCUUUUCUGUUGUGGAAGUGAUGUAAUUGUUUUAUUAUAUAUCAUCAGAAGUAUACAUGUAGAAUAUUUCUAAGCUCUAUAAAAUCAUGACGUCUCAUUUUUAAAGGCUCUCCUUUACAAAGAGGAGGAGGAGGAGAAGUAGAAGAAGAGGCCAGGAGGGAGGGUCGGGGUUUCUAUAUUUUCAUAAUGUGUGAAUAUGAACUACAAGCAGUAUACAAGAGAAGAGAAACAAUAAAUAAGAGAACAUUCACACACAGUUGCUCAAGCAGCUGUAAAGAACCAACA